AUGAGUUUGCAGUGCUUGCAGCGCAGGCGGUUGAGGAGCAAAUCAAACGGAAAGACGGAGUAUCACCCAAAAUCUGGUCGUGCAACCUCCAUCGAGACUUUCUCUACGUUCAGACACAACCAAGAUCAGCAGCCGCCUAUCAUUGACGAAGAACCUUGGCAGCCAUUCAGCUGUCAUGCAGACUUUGAAUUUGCUGAACUUGCACACAACGCUGCCCUUAACAAGGACCACACAGAUGCGCUAUUACAACUCAUCUGGAGAAUCGUUGAUGGUCAAGCAAACAUUACCUUCAAGUCCCACCGCGAUUUUUCUGUAGCCUGGGAUAGGGCGACUGGCCAGAUGACACCUUUCGAGAAGCAUACUAUCACGACCUGGCAUAAAUGGGAAGACCUCGUGUUUCAUGUAUAUACAUGCCCAUUGUGGGACUGGGCUUUGGACUUAUUACAGGACCCAUUGCUGGCGCCGCACUUCGUUUGGGAUGCGCAGCGGUCAUCUUUACCUGAAAACGCCGUCCCUUUCGCAUUUAUUCUGUAUGCAGACAAGACGCACCUCUCUUCCACUGGUACAGUCAAAGCUUAUCCGGUCUUCGCUCAUUGUGGAAACUUGCCCGUUGACAUUAGAAACACUGACGGGCUUGGUGGUGGGCGGAUGGUCGGUUGGUUACCAAUAGUUCCCGACGAUUCUGAAGAGGACGGCAAGCUGUCGUACAUGAACCUCAAACAUGUUGUAUGGCAUGAAGGGUUUUUUAAGCUGCUCGAAACCAUUAUACUCUACGCCAAGACAGGGUAUGCACAUCUCUGUUAUGAUGGUAUCGUUAGGUGGUUGUAUGCGUUCAUUUUGCUCUUAUCUGCUGACUAUGAGGAACAAUGUGUCAUGGCACUGAUACGGGGGACGAAUUGUCAUUGCCCAUGUCCUAUUUGCCUUGUCCCAUCUGAUAAGCUGUAUGACAAUGCUUCAACUUAUCCAAUCCGAACGCCCGAAGACGCACAAGCUUGCGUAGAACUAUGGAAUAGGGACAAAAUGGCUGGAGAAGAGGCAUUAAAAAAACGGGGCCUUCGGCCAAAUGUCUUUUGGCGGCUCCCAAAUUCCAACCCACACGAAAUGAUCUCACAGGACCACCUUCACGUGUAUCAUAUAGGGGAAUGGGGGAAACAUUUAUUUGGUGAGCUUAAACGACACGCAGCGGCUCUGGGACGUGGUGCUGAGAAAAAGAUUGAUGACCACGACAGUAAUAAACUUAGGGACAUUUCUAAGCAAAUUUUAUAUACCACCCAGAAUGUACUGGCGCGCAUGGAUGAUGAAGCUGGCUAUGCACUUUUACGGUGCAUAGCGAGUUAUCUCCAUAUCGACAUGUAUGUAUCUCUCGAUGUGCACACAGAGAGCACAAUCAAAGCAGGAAAAGCCGAGGUUUUGGAAUUUCAGAUGCAUUUAGAACACAUAUUUGAUGACAUCAUAGCGAAAGGUGCCACUCGCAACUUCAGUACUCGACCGAAUGAAAAGCAGCAUGGACCAAUCAAGCGUUGGUAUCUAUGGCAGACUAAUCGUAAGGACAUUGCUAAUCAGAUUAUCGAACUCGAUCAUAAGAGCUUUGUUGCCGAAUUUGUUCGCAGCCGUAUCGACUAUCUUGACGAGGAACGACACAAACUUACACUCUCACGGGAAGAACUCGAGGAAAACGACAACGACAAUGAGCCAUUUGAAGCUCACCUGCAUAUCGGUUCGCCCUUGAGGAAUCUUACCAGCCUAGCACAGGUAGAGGAAGAACACAGGUCAAAUCGCGCCUUCGACCAGUUCAGGAAGAAGCUCACAACAUUUUUGAAUCACUUCCUACCCUCCCACCACAUACCAUUACCAGACGGAAUAAUGUGGUUGAAACUUUCAGUGCAAGACCUGAUACAUGAACAUCGCUAUCUCAAAGUCCAAUAUGAGUCGACCGCUACCUGGAAGUUAACCACCAACUAUCUGCGAUGCAGUCCAAGUUUUCAUGGCCAUGAGUGUCAUGACUGUGCUCUAAUCCGCACGCAGGACAAGGAUGGCUGCGAUAAAAAUAUCUUUGUUAAAUUAUUAUUCAUGUUCAAGCACAUUGUUGGCAACCGCACCUUAGAUCUCGCUUUGGUUCUUCCCAUGGACGCUUCACCACGUCGGCGCCUCCUAGAUCGAGACCUGCGACUCACUCGUCUGCAUGCACGGCCCGCAGCUUCAUCUGAAUUCAUCACCCUUCAUUCAAUUAUUCAUGGUGCUUUGCUUGUCCCAAAUUUUGACAACAAUGGUGAUUAUUUUCUUGUUGACUAUAUCGAUACUGACAUGGUUCUUCGCGUCCAAAGGAAACUUAUAUAA